GAACCGGAGCGGCGGGCAAACAUCCACUCGCGGAUCCCAAAUUCCCGAUUCCCACCACUGCUCUCGCUCGAUUUCCCCCCAAAGGACAGGCACAGCGCGCCAGAGCCGGGCUCGUCGGAUGGCGUACGGAGGCGCCGCCCGCGGUCGCCUCGCCGAGGAGCGCAAGGCGUGGCGCAAGAGGCACCCCCACGUGCGUGCGCGCCAUCAUCCUCGCCGCGUCUUCUUACUGCUGCUAGGCUUCGUGGCCAAGCCGGCGACGCUGCCGGAUGGCUCCGUCAACCUGAUGCUCUGGAACUGCGUCGUCCCCGGCAAGGAAGGCACUGAUUGGGAAGGUGGAUAUUUCCCACUUACUCUCCAUUUUACUGAAAAUUACCCAAGUAACCCUCCAACCUGCAAGUUUCCACGAAGGUUUUUCCAUGUCAAUGUCUAUGAUUCCGGGGAUGUAUGCCUGUCAAUACUUGGUGAUGCAUGGGCGCCUUCUAUCACAGUGCCGCAAAUCCUUAUAGGCAUCCAGGAGCUGCUGGAUAACCCAAAUCCAGCCUCUCCUGCACAGGAUUUUGCUUAUGAUGUCUUUGCAAAGAAUAUGCCAGAAUACAAGAGACGUGUUCGUGAGCAAGCCAAGAGGUAUCCUUCACUCGUGUAGCCGUGGACCUCUACAACACACUUGCUGCUAACCAAGUAGUUAUUUUAGUGUAGUGGAACUUGUCGUGAUUGUGCUUAAGUAUGUUGUCUAGUUAGCCGUACGCUUAUUGGAACUGCUAAAAUGCACUCCGACUGUAUUAUUGUUAUGCCCUAUCAGCAUACUGUUGGUGUACGAUCGAUAUUAAAAAAUUGUUUUGCCCCUGUAAAGUUGGAGUUACGGGUUGCCAACCCGUAACUCCAAGUGUCACAACUCACAAAGGAAUUAGCUCAACAGUCGACACCUAGAAAUAGCUUUAUUAGUAAUAUAUUGGUAUUGCUUUUUUUUAAUCUAA